GAGAGAGCAGAAGGCAGGAGGAGGGAGGGGAGGAGGAGGAGGGAGGGAGAGGGAAUCCAGCUACCACCACCCAAAGCCAGCGUCUGCUUUCUGUCCUCAUUUCCUUUUCCCACCCAGCUUGGAGAGCAGAGAAAGGCAGAGAGAGCGCGAGAUAGAGACAGUCGGAAAGACAGACAGACAGCCGGAGAGCGGGAGGGAGGAGGGCGGAGGAGGAGCAGGAGGAGGACUACGCGGGGCGCGUUCCCUCCCAGCAGCCGAGCGCCCGCGUCGCUGCCGCCGCUGGAAGACAGACGCCCCCCAAAGCCCCUCGCCUGGCUCGGACCCACGGAGCCGGCAGCCCAGCACUCCGAUGGGAGCUUGCCUGCCUGCCUACCCACCGGCCUGGACCUCACAGCGCCCCCAGCUGAGCAUGUGCAAAGGGCCCCGGGUGCGGGGCAACGCUCAGACUGCAGCAGAAACCACCCCAGAGACACUGGAGGAGACAGGCCCUUCCUGUUGAGCUGGGCCUGUCUGCACAGCCUGCCCAGGUGCUGUCCACUCCCCGAGGCCUGGGCUCAGGCCAAAGCUGCUCCACAGCACCCCCAGCUGACAGCCAACGACUGGCAGAGCCCCCAGGCCUGGGGGCCCCCUCUCUUCCAGAGAUCUCCAGUGUGACAGCCCAGGCGGCAGAGCCGAGGGUCCUGGUCCCGGCUUCUCGCACCCUCAUGUCAGCCCCGGCCCCGCCCGGCGGCCCGCGGAGGACAAGGUCAGGAUGCGUGUGAAGCCCCAGGGCCUGGUGGUGACUUCCAGUGCCGUGUGCAGCUCUCCUGACUACCUCCGGGAGCCCAAGUACUACCCCGGCGGCCCCCCCACCCCCCGGCCCUUGCUUCCCACCCGGCCCCCUGCCAGCCCACCUGACAAGGCCUUCGCCCAUACCUUCUCCGAGAAUCCACGCCCACCCCCACGCCGGGACCCCAGCACCCGGCGCCCACCAGUCCUUCCCAAGGGGGACGACCCACUGCCCCCGCGUGCGGCCCGUCCCAUCUCACAGGCCCGCUGCCCCACACCUGCCGGAGACAGCAGCAGCUCCCACUCCCGACACCGUUGGGACAACGGGCGGGUGAACCUACGUCCAGUGGUACAGCUGAUUGACAUCAUGAAGGACCUGACUCGGCUCUCCCAGGACCUGCAGCACAGUGGCGUGCACUUGGACUGUGGUGGUCUCCGGCUCAGCCGCCCACCCGCCCCGCCACCCGGCGACCUACAGUACAGCUUCUUCUCCUCACCCAGCCUGGCCAACAGCAUCCGCAGCCCCGAGGAGCGGGCCGCCCCCCACCCCAAGUCUGAGCGACCCAGCCACCCCCUCUAUGAGCCUGAGCCAGAGCCUAGGGACAGCCCCCAGCCUGGCCAAGGCCAUAGCCCUGGAGCCACAGCGGUGGCCACUGGUCUGCCCCCAGAGCCUGAGCCAGACGGGCCUGAUUACUCAGAGCUCGCUGAUGCUGACAUCCUUAGUGAGCUGGCCUCCCUUACUUGCCCUGAGGCCCAGCUGCUAGAGGCCCAGGCCCUUGAGCCACCAUCACCUGAGCCAGAGCCUCAGCUCCUGGACCCCCAGCCCCACUUCCUGGACCCACAGGCCCUAGAGCCGCUUGGGGAAGCUUUGGAGCUGCCACCCCUGCAACCUCUUGCUGAUCCUCUGGGGCUGCCGGGCCUGGCUCUGCAGGCUCUGGAUAGCCUGCCUGACUCCCUAGAGUCACAACUGCUCGAUCCCCAGGCGCUUGACCCCCUGCCCAAGUUGCUUGACGUCUCAGGCCGCCGUCUGGAGCCCCAGCAGACCUUGGGACCCUGCCCACUGGCCGAGCCCUUGCGCCUGGACUUGUGCUCACCCCACGGCCCUCCUGGGCCUGAGGGUCACCCCAAGUAUGCCUUGCGGCGCACUGAUAGGCCAAAGAUCCUGUGUCGCCGGCGGAAGGCCGGACGGGGGCGCAAGGCAGACGCUGGACCUGAGGGCCGCCUGCUGCCCCUGCCUAUGCCCACAGGGCUGGUAGCCGCCCUGGCCGAACCCCCUCCACCACCACCUCCUUCCCUGCCAGGGCCAGGCCUGGUCCCAGAGCUGGAGCAGGAAUCUUCCCAUCCCCCGGUGGUCCCUCCUCGCAAAAACAAGUGCCGGGGUGUGCGGCGAAUGGUGGUGAAGAUGGCUAAAAUCCCUGUAUCAUUGGGUCGGCGGAACAAGACCACGUACAAGGUGUCCUCCUUGAGCAGCAGUCUGAGUGUGGAAGGCAAGGAGCUGGGCCUGCGUGUGUCUGCAGAGCCCACCCCACUGCUGAAGAUGAAGAACAAUGGGCGGAAUGUGGUGGUAGUCUUCCCACCUGGUGAGAUGCCCAUUAUCCUCAAGCGUAAGCGCGGCCGCCCACCCAAGAACCUGCUGCUGGGUCCCGGCAAGCCCAAGGAGCCAGUAGUAGUGGCAGCUGAGGCGGCCACCGUGACAGCGGCCACCAUGGCCAUGCCAGAGGUGAAGAAACGGCGGCGGCGGAAGCAGAAGCUGGCGUCUCCCCAGCCGUCCUAUGCAGCAGAUGCCAACGACAGCAAGGCCGAGUACUCUGAUGUCCUCGCGAAGCUGGCCUUCCUGAACCGCCAGAGCCAGUGUGCUGGGCGCUGCUCACCGCCUCGCUGCUGGACGCCCAGUGAGCCUGAGUCAGUGCACCAGGCACCAGACACCCAGAGCAUCUCACACUUCCUGCAUCGUGUGCAGGGUUUCCGGCGGCGGGGUGGCAAAGCCGGCGGUUUUGGUGGCCGAGGUGGGGGCCAUGCAGCCAAGGGAGCCCGAUGCUCCUUCAGUGACUUCUUUGAGGGCAUCGGCAAGAAAAAGAAAGUGGUGGCAGUGGCACCUGCUGGGGUCGGGGGCCCCGGCCUCACUGAGUUAGGACACCCCCGCAAACGGGGCCGAGGGGAGGUGGAUGCCACAACUGGGAAACCCAAGCGCAAGAGACGGUCCCGGAAGAACGGGACUCUGUUCCCAGAACAGGUGCCCAGUGGCCCAGGCUUUGGGGAGGUGGGCGCUGAGUGGGCCGGGGACAAGGGUGGUGGCUGGGCUCCUCACCAUGGGCACCCAGGUGGGCAGGCUGGCCGAAACUGCGGGUUCCAGGGGACUGAGGCCCGAGCCUUUGCCUCCACUGGGCUGGAGAGUGGGGCAUCAGGCCGGAGCAGCUACUACAGCACAGGUGCACCCUCGGGCCAGAAUGAACUCAGCCAGGAGCGCCAAAACCUCUUCACCGGCUACUUCCGCUCACUGCUUGACUCGGAUGACUCGUCCGACCUCUUGGACUUCGCUCUCUCAGCCUCGCGCCCGGAGUCCCGGAAGGCAUCAGGCACCUAUGCAGGUCCCCCCACCAGCGCCUUGCCUGCCCAGCGUGGCCUGGCCACUUUCCCCAGCCGGGGAACCAAGGCUAGCCCAGUGGCAGUAGGCAGCAGUGGGGCUGGGGCGGACCCGCCCUUCCAGCCUGUCCUGCCCACUCGCCAGACCUUCCCGCCAGGGCGGGCAUCAAGCUAUGGGAUAACCCCAGCAGCUUCUGACUGCCGGGCAGCCGAGACCUUCCCGAAGCUGGCUCCCCCGCCUUCAGCUGUGGCCCGCUCACCUACUACCCACCCGCCCACCAACACAUACCCCCCCCAGUAUGGUGGCUACGGGGCUGGUCAAAGUGUGUUUGCCCCAGCUAAGCCCUUUACGGGCCAGGACUGUGCCAAUAGCAAGGACUGUAGCUUUGCCUAUGGUAGUGGCAACAGCCUUCCUGCCUCACCCAGCAGCGCCCACAGUGCCGGCUAUGCCCCACCGCCCACCGGUGGCCCCUGCCUGCCACCCAGCAAGGCUUCCUUCUUCAACAGCUCUGAGGGAGCCCCCUUUUCCGGUUCAGCUCCCACUCCCUUGCGCUGUGACAGCCGGGCCAGCACUGUCUCACCCGGUGGCUACAUGGUGCCUAAGGGCACCACAGCCUCUGCCACCUCCGCCGCCUCCGCUGCCUCCUCCUCUUCCUCCUCCUUCCAGCCCUCGCCCGAGAACUGUCGGCAGUUUGCGGGGGCUUCUCAGUGGCCUUUCCGGCAGGGCUAUGGAGGCCUGGACUGGGCCUCGGAGGCCUUCAGUCAGCUCUACAAUCCUGGUUUCGACUGCCACGUCAGCGAGCCCAACGUAAUUCUGGACAUCUCCAACUACACGCCACAGAAGGUAAAGCAGCAGACAGCUGUGUCGGAGACCUUCUCCGAGUCGUCCUCUGACAGCACCCAGUUCAAUCAGCCAGUCGGCAGCAGUGGCUUUCGGCGUGCCAACAGUGAGGCCUCAAGCAGUGAGGGCCAGUCCAGCCUGUCCAGCCUGGAGAAACUGAUGAUGGACUGGAACGAGGCAUCAUCUGCCCCAGGCUACAACUGGAACCAGAGCGUCCUCUUCCAGAGCAGCUCCAAGCCAGGCCGAGGACGGCGGAAGAAGGUGGACCUGUUUGAGGCCUCACACCUGGGCUUCCCAUCCUCUGCUUCGGCUGCUGCCUCAGGCUACCCAUCCAAACGGAGCACUGGACCCCGGCAGCCAAGGGGUGGACGGGGUGGCGGGGCCUGCUCAGCCAAGAAGGAGCGGGGUGGUGCAGCUGCCAAAGCCAAGUUCAUCCCCAAGCCACAGCCUGUCAACCCGCUGUUCCAGGACAGCCCAGACCUUGGCCUGGACUACUACAGUGGGGACAGCAGCAUGUCACCGCUGCCCUCACAGUCAAGGGCCUUCAGUGUGGGUGAACGAGACCCCUGUGACUUCAUGGGACCCUACUCCAUGAACCCAUCCACGCCUUCUGAUGGCACCUUUGGCCAAGGCUUCCACUGCGACUCGCCCAGCCUGGGUGCGCCUGAGCUGGACGGCAAGCACUUCCCGCCACUGGCCCACCCGCCCACAGUGUUUGAUGCUGGCCUGCAAAAGGCAUACUCACCCACUUGCUCCCCCACACUUGGCUUCAAGGAGGAGCUGCGGCCGCCACCCACGAAGCUGGCCGCCUGCGAGCCCCUCAAGCAUGGGCUCCAGGGGGCCAGCCUGGGCCAUGCAGCCGCAGCCCAGGCCCACCUAAGCUGCCGGGACCUGCCACUGGGCCAGCCCCACUACGACUCCCCCAGCUGCAAGGGCACAGCCUAUUGGUACCCACCGGGCUCAGCUGCCCGCAGCCCACCCUAUGAGGGCAAGGUGGGCACAGGGCUGCUGGCUGACUUCCUGGGCAGGACGGAGGCCGUGUGCCUCAGUGCCCCACACCUGGCCAGCCCACCGGCCACGCCUAAGGCCGACAAGGAGCCACUGGAGAUGGCCCGGCCACCCGGCGCACACCGUGGCCCUGCUGCAGCCGCUGCAGGCUAUGGCUGCCCGCUCCUUAGUGACUUGACCCUGUCUCCUGUGCCAAGGGACUCGCUGCUGCCCCUGCAGGACACCGCCUACAGGUAUCCAGGCUUUAUGCCGCAUGCGCAUCCUGGUCUGGGCGGGGGCCCCAAGAGCGGCUUCCUGGGGCCUAUGGCAGAACCUCACCCCGAGGACACAUUCACCGUCACCUCCCUGUAGUGCCAACUGAAGUGCCGACUGGACCGUGAGGUUUUGUUCCUGGGUCCUGGGAAGCGGCCACCUGAACUCCAGGAAGCACUCACUCACCACUUGACCUCUUGCAAGGGAGGACAUUUGCAUCCCCCUGUGUGAGACCAGAGAAGGGAGAAGCAGGUUGAACAAGGUGAUCACCCCUCUAAGGCCUAUCCAGUGGCCUUAUCAGGGUUUGACCUAGUGUUUUACUGACGCUUUCGGGUACCCUCAUUUCCCCAGGUGCUUCGUUUAUUUCAUGGUGCCUUUUGUGGCGAGCGUCAGGCCGAGGGUGUGGCCAAUAUGGCUUAGCCACACUAUGCAAAGGGCUUUACAGAAUGGCUCAAAGUACCCUUUUCUAGUCUUCCAGGUCACCCCUGGAGGCUAUGAUUCAACGUCUUUGACCUGAGGUAGGCUCAGGGUAUACAGGGGCAUGCCAGGUAAGGAUCCAAAAAUGGAGAAGCGGUGCUGGGAUCCUGCCAUCCCUGGAAGCCUGCAGUCAGUACUCUAUCCCCAGGCAGGUUGUUUCAGCCCUAGAAAAAGCCGGUCACUCUCCUAAGGCCUAGUGCUUUCCGAGAGUCCAGUUUUAGAUACUGUUUGUGUCAGGCCCUGUGACCUCAUUAGCUGAGGUCACAGUUUUAGUAUUCUCAAGCUUUGGUAUCUACAGAAAGGAAAAUAAGAGACAGAAAUGCCCCCAAAACAGUAAAAAGGGGACAGGGUCUGAGGAAUUUGUUUCCUUGAAGAACAACCUACUCCAGAAAUACAGUCACAACUGGCCCAUCAGAUCUCACUUUUGGAUAACAGACCUGUCACAAAAUUGGCCCAGAUGUGGUAGGUGGUAGUAGGGUGGGCUAGGGGCAUGUCUGAAUCCCAUACCCUCCACUCUGCUGCCACUGCAGCCUCCUGAGAGCCUCUCUUCCUGGAGAAGUCCAAGGCAGUAGCAAGGCUCCUGGAAAGCCCCGUCCCUGCUCUGGGGAGGCUAUUUGAAGCCAGGGUGACUCAGGGUCCUGGAGUCAUCAGCAAUGGAAACUUAUUACCCCUCUCUGCCUGGCCCCAGCUCCCCUGGUGCCUGAAGGGGGCAAGGGACAGCACUUGGGAGUCAGGAGGCCUGGAGUAGGACUAUAUCCCAGUUGGCCACCAACUUAGUACAUGCCCUUGGCCAAGCCUUUGCCCCUCACUGGACCUCAGUUUCUUCAUCUGUUCAAGGAAAUUGACUUAGUUCAUCUCUUUGGUCCCAGCAACUCUGCUUGGCAUAGACAAUGGAUCAAACUUUUUUGCAGGGGGGAGGGGGGCGCAGUAUAUUUUCCCUGCUAAUGAAGCCAGGCCAAGAUUAAAAUGGCCUUCCAUUCCCCAUGUGUCUCAUUGUAAACUGUACAGCCACAGAUCUGAAGCAGGCCAGAGAGAAGCUGCUUAGGGUUUAAAAUGUCAAACUCUUGAUCUUUCUCACUAGAGGGGAGAUGUCUCAUGGAUAAUCCAGAAAUGUGAAAUAAUCCAAAAACUGUUCCUCCCAUGAUCUGGAUGGGAAAAUGGACGGGUGUGGGGGCUGGGUGUUCAGGCAGGUCACAGCUCAGUGAAAUACAUAAUGGAACCACCCAAUGAGGCCUGAACGCAGGAGGAACUGGGACGCCAUCCAGCCCCACAUUCUGGCCCUGCUCCCCUCUCAGGGCUGUGAGUUGACGGCACUAUCCUCAAACCAACGCGUUUGGUUGUUCCAGAGACAUCUGUCUAGCACCUUUUACACAUCAGGCAUUGGGGGCACCGCAGGGAACACCACAAACAAGGCCUUGGCCCUCAGGGGGCUUUUAAUCUAGAGGGAGAGACAGUAAACAGAAUGACACAAAGCAUUUGGUAAAGAUAACCAUAGAGAGAACUGUGCAAGAGAGAAAAAGAUAGGAGGCCAUGAGAGCCUACAACAGGCUGACCAGACCUUGAAGCUCAGGCCUGAAGAAUGAGUGGGUGUCAGCUAGACAGGGAGUAGAAAGAGCGUUGUGGGCAGAGGGAACAGCAGUGUGUAAAGUCCUGGGGCAGGAAGGAGAUGAGCUUUGAAGAACUGAUGGGAAGUCAGUAAUGCCGAGUGCUGGGGCGAGGUAAGCAGGGCUCGAUCAUGCAGGGCAUUGGAAGGAGUUCAGACUUUAUUCCAAGACAAAUAGGAAACCAUUGAAGGGUUUUCAACUGGAAUGCUGUGGGUCACAUUGGAGCAGGACAAGCACUGAAGUAGGGAGACCAGCUGCAGAGCCAGGCAAGCAACGAUGGUAGCUUGGACCAAGGUGGUGGUAGAGCUGUCUCCAUCUUUUUCUAAGAUGACACACAGCUGGGAUUGCGCCAAGGAUUGAUUAAAAUCUGUAGGAGUGAGGAAGAGUUGGGGAUGUAGAGAAGGAGAGUGGCAAAGAGAAAGGCGUUAAUUAAAGGCAUCACACUGUCAACAGAGGGCAAUAACAUGCCCAUUCAUCAACAGACGGUGAGCAAUGUGGACACCGGGCACUGGAGAAGUAGUAAUUCAGCUCGGCCUCACCUCAUGAGCCCCUCCAUGCCUGCCCCAGUACCAGGCACCGGGGUGACGAAACAGACGCAGCCCCUGUUCUGAGUUCAGCAUCCACCCCAGGAAGCCUGGACUCAAGGCCAGGAGAAAUGUCACAGGUCCUCCAACUUGAAAAUACCUAGUAGGAAGUGACAGGUGCCCAGAAACAGGGAGAAACAAAGAUUGUGCCCAGGAAGGUGGGUGUUGGGGUCAGAAGCCAUCUCCCUCCCACCUUAGUGAGAAAAGGGACACACAUUUGUUCCAGGCCCUUUAUGUAGCACUGCUUCACUGACUGUACCACAGUCUUGGGGGUGGAUGUGCUCCCCACCCAACACAGAGCUGAGGAAACAGGUGCUGCUGUGGAGCUGGCUGACACUUAGCCAAGAUUGGAACCCUGUACUGCUCCCUCCAUACCCUGGGUAUUCUCCCAUUCUGCUGGCUUUCUCCACCUGCAACCACCUGACUCUCCAUCUGCAAAAUGAGGGGUUGGAUUGAAGGAUCCCUGAAAGUCUUUCUGGGUCUGACAUUUUAAAUGGAUUUUGAGUUUCUGUGGAAGAAGCCGCAUUUGAGCUCAACUUUGAAGAAUAGGCAAGAUUUGGACACACAAAGACUGGGGGGAAGGGCAUUCCAGGCAGGUUAUACCCCAGUAUGAAAGAGUAGAUGAAAACUCGGAGGGGCCAGAGUGGGGAAUCUGGGACCCGGCUGGUCCUAAGAGCCAAGGCUGAUGGGACAGGGAAGGAUAGGAGUCAGGAGAGGGAACGCGGUGGGAGGUGGGCCGUGGGCCAGUUCAGACAUCUUCCCCAGCCUCCUAGAUGGAAAACAGAGCCAGACAGGCUGGCUCCUCAUUGGGCAGCCUUAUGGGCUGAAGAUCAGCCUGACCAGACCCUGGGGACAGUGGUGAGAGGUUAGGAAGGGUCCUUCAAGGUGUUGAGGAAUUUUGAGGGCCUUUCCCCUCCCCACUCCCUCUCUGGCCUGAACUCAAGGCCGGGAGAAAUGUCACAGGUCCUCCAAGGUUACGCCAGCUGGGGCCUGAAAGGGGCAGGAAGCAGCUUCCAAGGCCACCAUCCAGCCGGGGUCAGCGGGCAUGCCCAGACCUGGGCCAGGCCCCGGCUGCUCUGGGCUUUGUCUCCACAUCUUGAAACCUCAAGAAGUCACUCGAUCUUGCCUCUGGCUCUGAGCAAGAGGCCCUCACGUCAGGGGUCAGCCAUUCCUGCCCUGCCUCUUCUGGGCAUCUCUACCCAGCUCUCUGCAAGGUCGUCCUCCCCUAGAUCCUAUCUCUUGCCUCCCCCACAGCCAUUUACAGGCCAGGCCUUCUUGUGCUGAGCCCUCAUUUCCUGGAAGUGUAAUCUCUCUGAACAUGCCCUCUCAUGCUCCUCCUCUCCCAUCUCCCCACAUCCGUGUGAACUCGGAAGAACCCAAGGGAACAGGGCAUGAAAUGAGGGUAGCCGCUAGCAGUUUACCUGUGGAUGGAGACAGGCCUUUGUGCACAGACUGGUUCCAUCCCUUACCAGCUACGUGAUCUGGUUAGUCACUUCACCUCUCUGCAUCUCUUGUGAGAAUUAAAUGAGAUUAUACGUGAAGUGCUUACCUAGUUCCUGGCACAUACAAACCAGUUGCCAUUGAGCCAAUUCUGACUCAUGGUGACACCAGGUAUGUCAGAGUAGAACUGUGCCCCAUAGGGUUUUCAGUGGCUGGUUUUCAGUAGUAGAUCGCCAGGCUUUUCUUCCGAGCUGCGUCUGGGUAGACUUGAACCUCCAACUUUUGGUUAGCCACUGAGUGAGUUAACCAUUUGUACUACCCAGGAACUCCCCCUGGUACAUAGUAUGUACUUAAUCAGGUGGGUAAAUACCUCCCCACACACUGAAUUCUGUGGCCUCUACGCACAGUUUGAGUCACGCACCUCCAACUCUUUCCUUCUGCUUAGGACUGUGUAGCCAGGUCUCCUUCACAUGUCCUCCCUGCUUCCUGGCUAGGAAGGAUCUUGUAUUCUAGUGUGUGGUUGGAGCCUUUGGAGGGAAGCUUUGAAAUACCACCUAGUCUUAGCAACUGGGCUGAGUUGUCCCUGGGGGGCCCAGGGAAAAGGUGAGUCAUAGGCCCCACCCUGAUAGGCAACAGCACCCAGAUUCAUAAAUGACUUAGGUCAGCUAGAAACCCUGUCUACUUGGUGAUCCUCACCAGCCCUCCUUCCUGGUACAGAUCAGCUGAAAAAUAUCUCCUUGGGACUUUGUAAUAAGUCAUGAUUUUCCCCUGCAGAUUUGCCGUCUUUGUCAUAACCUUUGAUGCCAUAGUGCCCUCUGUGCUAGAGGGCAGAGGAAAGUAGGUUAAAUUUGUCUUCAGUGUUGAUGAACCAGCCAGCUGGUCAGCCAGGCGUUGUAUCAGUGCUGGGGCUGCCACUGAACAAGAUAGGCAGAGCCCUGCCCUUGUGGAGCUUGCAGCCUAUAAACAGGUGUUCGUUAAAAACCUCCCUGUGGGCAUCACUCUCCAGGUGAGGGGCUGAAACAUCCUCACGAGACACAUCAAGGAUCAUCCCCUUGAACCAUGUGAGUAGAACAGGCAGCAGAAACUUCCCAGAGGCAGUAAAUGAACAGACUUGAGGCUUCAGGGGCUGUUUUCCCUGACUCAGCAAACUGUGUCAGUGCAACCACCGUCUACACCUGCUCCCUUGGGUCUAUUCUCCCUGCUGUGGCCACCAAAGUGCUUUUUCUUCAGCAUCUUUGGGUGCACAGUGUCUGGCACCUCCGAAAUAUUUACUGAAUGAGUCGAUUGAAACACGUCUCAUCCUGUGGCUCAAUUGUCUUACACCUUCCGAUUGCAUCCCUCCCUUCACCAGCUUCCUUAUCUACAAAGUAAAGGCCAGCUUCCUAACAUGGCAUUCAAGGUAGCCAAGGCUGCCAUCAUGGCACCCAGCCUCUUGGCCCUGACCUUCACACACACACUCCUCACACCCUCCCUUACCAGCCAGAGAAUGUGUUGAAUCAGGAGGAAGCUUUCCGAGGGGCUCUUUCCUGAAUGUGUCCUGUGCCUUUGUUCUAGCUGUUCCCUGGCCUGGGUUGCCCUUUCCGGCCCUGCAUCUAUCUUCCACCUGUCAUUUCUUGUCUUUCACUCAGACAUCACCUCCUCCAAGAAGCAUUCCAGGAUCCUUCCCAGGCCUAAUUAAUCUCUUGCCUGUUAUGCACCCAUGACAGCCCUUCCUGGGAAUGUCCUCACCACGCCAUCAACUUUUUUAGGCUGGUUACUCAGCUCUGCCCACUGUCCCACAUCCCAUUUCCCUGCUACUGGUAUCCCAACAUGCCAUACCAUGUACAUUUCAGACUUCAGGGUUAUUUUGUUUUUUUCUUCAGUUGAAGAAGGAAGAGUGUGUAGAGUAGGGAGAAUUGGGGGGGGGGGGUGGUAAAGAUAGAGCACUGGGGAGUAAAUAUGGGAUAAUUUCUCUCAGUCCCAAAGCCAAACCAAACCUGUUGCCCUCGAGUCAUUUCCAACUCAUGGCGACCUCAUGUGUUUCAGAGUAGAACUGAUCUCCACAGGGUUUUUAAUGGCUAUAAUCUUACAGAAUAGAUCACCAGGUCUUCUGUGGUGCUGCUGGGUGCAUUCAAACCACCAGCCUUUUAGUUAGUAGUCAAGUGCAAACCAGCAUCAGGAUACGCUCCUAAAAAUGGGGCAGGGAAGCAGUGUGUAAGUAAACAAAUUCGUAUUCUCAGGGCUAACUGGGUUUUUGGAGUUCUCCAAGAACAGCCCCUCCCAGCUUACAGAGAGGAAAGGGACUUAGCCAAGGACACACGGCCACCCACUCAGUGAAUCAUGGAAUGUUAGAGCCAGGAAAGGCCCUUGGGGACCGCCCAGUUCCCCUGUUCCUGCCCUUAUCCCAGCCUCCACUUGUUGCAUGUCCAGCACAACCCAUCAGCAACGCCUGUCUUUACCCAGCAUCUCCCAGCCAGGACGGUGGGGAGUGGUGGGGGAGCAUGUAGCCCCCUCCGAGGACAGGUGAGAGAUGGGAGAUGUCCACAAGGGCACACAAGGUUAGUAGAUGACCAUGGCUGUGAACCCUACUUGGCCCCACUAGCAAGUAUUUUAGGCCUUUUUUAUGCCCAGCAGUCGGGCAGGUGGGGGAAGAUCCCUAAGGCGGGAAGGACUAGCCGAGCCAGAGUUUAAGGUAUACCUUUGGUUGCUGGUGGCACAGGUUUUGAAAACUUCCCCAGAGUGGAGGGAAAAUCCCACACCCUACAGCCUCCCCAUCCCCAACUGGAAGCCUCAUCCCUGAGAGAAUUCCAGAUCCACCCUACUUGGGGAUGUCUCCAUUGUCAGGUGUAGUCUGAGCCCCAGGGAGGCAGUUUCUUCUCUACAUUUAAGGGACCCUCAAGCUUGGCUUUGCCUGAAAAUGUUGGAGGGGGUAGACCAGCCUUUGGGCAGCUGUGGUUUGCCUGUAGCCCUUUCGUCUUUGGGACACCAUCUCAGUGCCUGAAGGUCUCUCCCAUCACCUGUUCAACCCCCUUUCUUUACAGACAUAGAAACUGAAGCCCAGAGAGGGAAGGGACUUGCCCUAGGUCACACAGCACAUCAGUCUCUCAUUCUAGUGCAUUCUCCUUGCCUUCUGCUCCACUGCCUUGUUUGAUGUUGAGACCAUUCCUCCUAAAGGGCAGAGACUGUCUCUUCAGUGCAUCUCCUAGUCCUUAGUUCAUUGCCUGGCAGUUAAUGUGAAUACUUGUUUGCUGGUUGCUUAAAUGAAUACAUGGGAGCAUGCUUCUUUUUUAAUCCCAACUCAGCUACCCCUCUGUGCCCCUGGUGCCAGCCCCCACUGACAGGUAGAGACCUCUUAAUGCCCUGGCACCUCAGAUGGUAAAGCUGUCGGGGCAUGAGAACUCAGUGACUUGUGGCUUUGCAGUGGUGUGGGAGCUCUGGUGAUGCUGUGGUUAAGAGCUUGGCAGCUAACUGAAAGGUUGGCAGUUCAAACUCACCAGCCGCUCCACGGGAGAAAGAUGUGGCAGUCUGCUUCCAUAAAGAUUUACAGCCUUGGAAAUCCUAUGGGGCACUUCUACUCUAUCCUGUAGGGUUGCCGUGAGUCAGAAUUUACUCGAUGACAGUGAGUUUGUUUUUUUUAAAAGGUCGUCUUAUAAACAGUGGCUGGUGUCCUGGGGACCAGUUUAUGCUGGCAUUGGGGAUAUGGAGGUGCCACACACAGAUCUCUGCCCUGGAGGAGCAGGGUGGUAGGGAAUGACAAGUGCACCGGUAGCUAUGGCAACAGGGGGUCUAAGGUGGCGUCCUGGAGGUAUGCAAGACCUGAGCUGGACUGUGACACGCUAAUCAGACUUGCAUCAGUCAUUGCUCUGUCAUUCAAUCAACACACAUUCUAGACCCCUACUUGUGUGCUGGGCACUGUGCUCAGCAUUGAGUUCAAGAGCUACUCCCCUUGCCGAGGCUGGUUAGGAGCUCCCUAUGUACUCCCUCUGCCCCCAGGGCUUCCCUUGGCACAGCCCCCACUGCCCUGCAUCGUGAUUAGCUUAGUUUGGGGUCUGCCGCCUCCUCUGGUCUAUGAGCCCCUGAAGGCAGGGAAGAGGUCUAUUUUGUUCUCCACUUGUCCCCAGUGCUCAGCACUGGGCCGCCUGGCACAUGAGCAUUGGUUGUUUUGUAGAGAGUUGACCCUAGUGAGGUCAAGGUUCUAUAAAGCUGCACCAUUCCCCCUCCCUGGCACCCAAAGAGCCCCUGGAUUUGGAUCCCCUUCCCUUGUUCCCAGCCCCCAGAUUCUGCCAGAGCCUGGGGCUGGCCAAGUCAUGGGAGCUGGGGGAGUGGUGGGAGGAGGAAGGUGAGACCACGGCAGGCUGGCUUAGCAGAGGGUGAGAAAGCCUCCCUGCUGCCUGGCCGCUGGGCACCGCGGGAACAGUUCUGGCAGGAGCCACCCGCUGGGCUGAGAUCACCAUGGAGACCUGGCUUGGAGAGGGUCACUGGCAGGGGCUAAGGGCUGGAGGGGGCGGGGGCAGCAGGGAUUUGUGCAGAGGCCCUUGGGGAAGCAGGGGGGCUGGGGUUCGGCACAGUCGGCUUACCCAGUGAUUUGAAGCAGCUCUUCCUAAAUCUCUGUCUCGAUUGUCACCCCAAUACACUAUACCUGUCACCCCAACAGAGCUCCCUCCUUAGCUUGGCAGCUAUUCUUCAACCACAGUAAAGCCAUCCUACGGGUGAACGCCCCUUAACCCUAUAGCAGAACCUGUCACCCCAGAUACAAAAGACCUGCCCCCGUAAUGGAUACCCCUUUUACCUCUGCAGCUGUUCCUGUAUACCACUCUUAAGUGUGGGGAACUGACUCCCACGCCGGCAAAGUACCCCCUGCCCCAACAGCUGCUUUUCUGCUGGUCACCCCAGUUGUAAUGUAUUUGUCACCCUAACAGGCCCAUCUCUUACCACUACUGUGAUAUUCCGUCUCCUUACGUGCAGGAAACCUGACAGCUUAACAAAAGAUGCAGCUCUCGCCCUCCCUCUCACGCCUCUGUCUGCUGCCUGGUCUGAUGUGCCAGGAUCAGGGCCUGCAGGAGCCCACCUGGUUCCCCUGGCCUGGGAAAGUCCUGGCAAGUCCAGCCUCAGGACAAAAGUCCCCAGGACUGACUGCCCAGCAGACAGCAGCCGAGGCUGAGCGGAAUUUCAAUGUGGCCCUGUUGGGAAGGGAAGCCAAGAAAAGAGUACAAGGGAGGAGAGGCUUUCUGUUGCUGCCUGGUCCCUGCAGGUAUGGGGGAGGAUGGAUGAGCUUGCUGAAGAGGCUUGGAGGGCAGUUUUAGCAGCGCCCCCCCCGACCCAUGCCCCUUAAUUCUGGUGGAUGGCCACACCCUAAGGGUGGGAGGCGUAAAUCUCAGGGCUCUGAGAGGAGGACAGAACUCUGAAAAGGCCAGCCUAAUGGCUGUCUUGGGAAUGACCAUGCCAAGCCUUGUCCCUCCAGGCACCUUCUUGCUCACCCCAGCGGAGUUGUGAAUUCAGAGGGUCUAGCCAAGUUUGAGGGUCUGGAUGGGGAAAUCAGGUCCCCAGGGUCCCGCAAUUAGGAGCAGCUAGGAAAAGGGGGUACUUCAGACCUCAAGUGUCUGGUGAUUGUAGGGACUGGGGACUUGGGAGUUUCUGAGUUUCAGGAAGGCAGGGUUCAGCCAAACACAGAUGGCUUUAUGUUGGGCAAUUUCUUUAUUCCUUCAUUCAGACAGACUUCCUCAUCAGCUCACCUCUCCAAGGAACAGAAUGGCACUGGUGGGGGCUGGGAAAAGGUGGAAUUUAGAAGAAAUUAAAGCAGCAGCUCACACCUGUGCUGCGCUGAGGCGCUGUCUUUCCCGUUAUGCCAUCCCUCAGAAAAGCCUAGGUUGGGGGAAUCACUAAGCUCAUUGUUACAUGAGGAAGCUGAGGCUUGGAGAGCUAGGGACUGGCCCAGGCCCUGGAACAAUAAUGACAAAUAGUAAUUAGUAUCAUUUAUUAUGCCCUUAUUAUGUGCCAGGGUUUACUGUCCUUAACCUACCGAAUUCUCCCAACAAACCUAUGGGAUAGUUCGGUUAUCUUCAUUUUACAGGUGAGUAAGCUGAGGCUCACAGGGGUUCAAUGACUUGCCCAAGGACAUAGAGCUAGUAAGUGGUGGUGCCAGCAUUUGAACUCAACUGUGUAUGGCUCCAGAGCCCAAGUUCUUAACAAAUUCCACAGCCUGGAACCCGACUCCCCGCCUAGUGCAUCCUUCACUUCUCAGUGGUAUGAGGGGCUUGGACACACACCUGUUUUACAGAUAGGGAAACUGAGCUCAGACAGGGCUGGAAGCAGUCCCAAAGUCACAUGGGGGCCAGUUUGGAGUUUUUUGGGAGAAGGAGCAAUGGGACCAGCUCCUCCCACAAUCCUCUCUUUUCUCAGAGCUCAGUGUCUACCUUCCACUAACAUCUGCCGCUUCUCUUGUGUUUCU